AAAUGUCUGAAAGAAUUCUAGAUUUUAUUGAUUAAAGAAAUUAAGUCAGAAAACUUGUAACUUAACCAUGGAAUUUUGUGUUUGGUUUACAGAGUUUCCAAACUGUUCAGCAUAUUUAUAAUUUUACUGCCAGAACAAUAUUUGCAGCUUCAAGUCUAAUUCCAUUUUUAUGUAUAAUUGUCAUUAUCUAAUAUAGCCACUUACAACACUCACCAAUUUGCUUAUGCUAAAAAUUCUGUUCGUCUAACAAGAUAUAGAAAUUAUCACGACGAUAUUAUCUGAUAUUAUUCAGAUGAUUUUAACCAAAAUCAUUUUAUAAUUAUUUUGCUUUCCUAAUAGGCUUGUCUAACA